GUUGCUUGUUUUCUUUGCUCAAACACUGCCUUUUGCAGAUGGUUAUCCAAGGACAGGCACAGCUCAGAGAGACUGAAUUUUAAAUCCGUUUGUUUCUCCGGACUUCCAACUGCCAGGUGCUAAGACCCUCGGGAGCAGAUAAAAAGACCUGGAGUAGCCCUUCCUGUCUAAAGAUGGAAAACAGUACCACCACCAUUUCUCGGGAGGAGCUGGAGGAGCUACAAGAAGCCUUUAACAAAAUAGACAUUGACAACAGUGGCUAUGUCAGUGACUAUGAACUUCAGGACCUGUUUAAGGAGGCAAGUCUUCCUCUUCCUGGGUACAAGGUGCGCGAGAUUGUGGAGAAAAUUUUAGUGGUCGCUGACAACAACAAAGAUGGCAAGAUCAGUUUUGAAGAAUUUGUGUCUCUAAUGCAAGAGUUAAAAAGCAAAGAUAUCAGCAAAACAUUCCGAAAAAUAAUUAACAAGAGAGAAGGGAUUACUGCUAUUGGGGGAACUUCAUCCAUUUCCAGCGAGGGUACACAGCAUUCCUACUCAGAGGAAGAAAAAGUAGCUUUUGUUAACUGGAUAAACAAAGCUCUAGAGAAUGACCCAGACUGUAGCCAUCUUCUGCCCAUGAACCCCAACGAUGGCAGCCUUUUCAAAUCACUUGCAGAUGGCAUCCUUCUUUGCAAAAUGAUCAACUUAUCUGAACCGGAUACAAUUGAUGAAAGAGCUAUCAAUAAGAAGAAGCUCACUCCAUUCACAGUUUCUGAAAAUCUGAACCUGGCCCUGAAUUCUGCCUCGGCCAUUGGUUGCACCGUGGUCAACAUUGGUGCACAGGACCUCAAAGAGGGAAAGCCUCACUUGGUCCUGGGGCUUCUCUGGCAGAUCAUCAAAGUCGGUCUUUUUGCUGAUAUUGAGAUUUCUAGGAAUGAAGCCUUGAUUGCAUUGCUGAAUGAAGGGGAGGAGCUCGAGGAGCUGAUGAAGCUUACUCCUGAGGAGCUGCUGCUGCGCUGGGUCAACUACCACCUGACCAACGCAGGGUGGCGCACCAUCAACAACUUCAGCCAGGACAUUAAGGAUUCAAAAGCCUAUUUUCACCUGCUUAAUCAGAUUGCUCCUAAAGGUGACCGAGAUGAUGAACCUGCCAUUGCCAUUGAUCUUUCAGGAUUUAAUGAGAAAAAUGACCUGAAGCGUGCUGGAUUCAUGCUUCAGGAAGCAGAUAAGCUUGGCUGCAGGCAGUUUGUUACUCCUGCAGAUGUGGUUUCCGGAAACCCCAAGCUAAAUCUAGCCUUUGUAGCGAAUCUCUUUAACACAUACCCAUGCCUACACAAGCCUGAGAAUAAUGACAUUGAUAUCAAUUUAUUGGAAGGGGAGAGCAAGGAAGAGAGGACAUUUCGGAACUGGAUGAAUUCACUGGGGGUCAACCCAUACAUCAACCAUUUGUACAGUGACCUUGCCGAUGCGCUGGUGAUCUUUCAGCUCUAUGAGAUGAUCCGAGUGCCGGUCAACUGGAGCCAGGUCAACAAGCCUCCUUACCCUGCUCUCGGGGGCAACAUGAAGAAGAUUGAAAACUGUAACUAUGCAGUAGAGCUUGGGAAGAACGAGGCCAAAUUCUCUCUGGUUGGCAUUGCUGGGCAGGACUUAAAUGAGGGGAACGCAACGCUGACCCUGGCACUGGUGUGGCAGCUGAUGAGAAGAUACACACUGAAGGUGUUAUCCGAUCUUGGAGAAGGUGAAAAAGUCAGUGAUGAUAUUAUUAUUAAAUGGGUCAAUCAGACUCUCAAAAGUGCAAACAAAAGCACUUCCAUUUCCAGCUUCAAGGAUAAAUCUAUUAGUACAAGUUUGCCUGUCUUAGAUUUAAUAGAUGCCAUUGCACCAAAUGCAGUUCGUCAGGAGAUGAUCAAGAGAGAAAACCUUACUGAUGAAGACAAACUGAACAAUGCUAAGUACGCCAUUUCGGUUGCUCGGAAGAUUGGUGCUCGGAUCUAUGCGCUACCUGAUGACCUCGUAGAUGUCAAACCAAAGAUGGUUAUGACAGUGUUUGCCUGCUUAAUGGGAAAAGGACUGAACAGACUCAAAUGAUGAAACAUCUACUAUGAUCUGCCACAUUAAACACAUCGAAUGUCUCAGUUUACAGAAUUUUGAAAUGUAGUGGGUAUAAAAUCAGAGUGUCUAUGCUCAAAAUAGUUCUGUAUUCAGAAAUGAAUAAUAUCCUGUCCAUACUAGUUAGAAUUUGUCAACCUUUUUGGAUAACACAAUUACUUUAACAAUCAAUACCAAUACAGGAAUAUCAAGCUGCUAUUUCAUAAUUGAAUUAUUUUAUUUCCUAAAGGUCUUACCAAAAUAAGACUAAUCAUUCUUUUUCAUAGCUUGAAAAAGACCUGUAUAAGGUUUUGUCAGGUCCUGCUAUUAAAUGUGUUUGGAUUUUUUUGAAGUGUUAUUUAAUUUUGAUCACAAAUAUACCUAAAGUCAUAAUCUAACUUAAUCCUCUUGUUUUUUCCCUAUGUAAAGUGAUCUAAAACUGUAAUCUUUCUGUAAAUUUCUAUCUCAUAUAAAAAUUUAAAGAGAUAAGUAUAGUUCAUCAACAUUAAACUUUUUUAAUAUGAAAACUGA